GAGUUCGAAGAUGGCGGCGCGCAGGGGUCGGCGGCGCACGUGUGAAACCGGGGAGCCCAUGGAAGCCGAGUCCGGCGACUCAGGGUCCCAGGGGGGGGCCCAAGUCUACCUGCCCGGCAGGGGACCGCCGCUACGCGAAGGAGAGGAGCUGGUCAUGGACGAGGAGGCCUACGUGCUGUACCACCGAGCGCAGACUGGCGCCCCCUGUCUCAGUUUCGACAUAGUCCGGGAUCAUCUGGGAGACAAUCGGACGGAGCUUCCUCUCAGCCUUUACCUGUGUGCUGGGACCCAGGCGGAGAGCGCUCAGAGCAACAGACUGAUGAUGCUCCGAAUGCACAAUCUGCAUGGGACGAAGCCCCCGCCAUCAGAGGGCAGUGACGAAGAGGAGGACGAGGAAGAUGAAGAGGAUGAAGAAGACCGGAAGCCUCAGCUCGAGUUGGCUAUGGUGCCCCACUAUGGUGGCAUCAACCGAGUUCGGGUAUCAUGGCUGGGCGAGGAGCCGGUGGCUGGGGUGUGGUCAGAGAAGGGCCAGGUGGAGGUGUUUGCGCUGCGACGGCUUCUGCAGGUGGUGGAUGACCCCCAGGCCAUGGCAACCUUCCUCCGGGACGAGCAGGCCCGAGUGAAGCCCAUCUUCGCCUUUGCUGGCCACAUGGGCGAGGGCUUUGCACUCGACUGGUCCUCUCGUGUGCCCGGGCGCCUGCUGACUGGUGACUGUCAAAAGAACAUCCAUCUCUGGACGCCUACGGACGGUGGCUCCUGGCACGUGGACCAGCGGCCUUUUGUGGGCCACACACGCUCCGUGGAAGACCUGCAAUGGUCUCCGACUGAGGACACGGUCUUCGCCUCCUGCUCAGCUGACGCCUCCAUUCGCAUCUGGGACAUCCGGGCAGCCCCCAGCAAGGCCUGCAUGCUCACCACCGCCACCGCCCACGAUGGGGACGUCAACGUCAUCAGCUGGAGCCGCCGGGAGCCCUUCCUGCUCAGUGGUGGGGAUGACGGGGCCCUCAAAGUCUGGGACCUGCGGCAGUUCAAGUCUGGCUCCCCCGUGGCCACCUUCAAGCAGCACGUGGCCCCCGUGACCUCCGUCGAGUGGCACCCUCAGGACAGUGGGGUCUUCGCAGCCUCAGGGGCAGACAACCAGAUCACACAGUGGGACCUGGCGGUGGAGCGGGACCCUGAGGCGGGCGACGCGGAGACCGACCCCGCGCUGGCGGACCUCCCCCAGCAGCUGCUGUUCGUGCACCAGGGCGAGACAGACCUGAAGGAGCUGCACUGGCACCCGCAGUGCCCCGGGGUCCUGGUCAGCACCGCCCUGUCGGGCUUCACCGUCUUCCGCACCAUCAGCGUCUGAGGUGCCCCGCGGCGUCUGGGCUGGCCUUGCGCUUGGGAACUGAGGAUGAGGUUGGUUCCCCCGCAGGGGAAUCAUUCAGAUCUGUUGACCAGCCCCACUCCAGAAGAAGGGCUUAGUUCGGCCCAUUGGCCGCUGUGAUGGAUUCUGUUGGACUUCCUGUUCUUUGAAAGGACUUGGUUUGGUCCACUGACCCCUCUUACCAAAGGACAUAGCUUGACCCGUGACUCUCAAACUGCUUGGUUUGGUCCAGUGACUUGCUUUGACCCAGGGCCCUGUAAAACCACUGCCUUGACUCCAGGGACCCCUCCCACCUAAGGACUUGGUUUGGCCCAGUGACGCCCCCACCUGUCACAGGACUCCGCUGGCCUGUUUCCCAGCUGGGCCUGGUUGGCCCGUGUUGCUGUGGUCAUUCUGUCAGCUGUGCCACCUGCCUUGACCCUUUGACCUCUCUGCCCCAGGACCCAGUUUUGGCCGCUGGUCUUCCCCAGGGAACUCAAGUACUUUACAGUGGCUGGGCUAAAUGUGAGUGGCAGGUUCCCCCAGGUGAAUUUGGUUUUGCCCUUUGUCUUCCUGCCAACCGGGCUGGCCAGGACUUGCCAGUGAGGGGCUGCACGGGGCCUUCUCUCUGCAGCAAAGCAGGCGCUGUGUGGGGAGGAAAGUCGGGCUCCUGAGAGGCAAUAAAGGACCAGAAUGAGG